UAUUUUUCCUCGGUCGUUUUCUUAUUACGGAGGCUGUCAGAGCUUAAUUUUCUCUUGGUUCUGUUUUAAUUAACAUUGUAAUUUUGCAGUAUGUAAAAUUUGAAUUUCGCUCUUCUCCUCUCCUACUAUUGCUGCCAUGGAAGUGUCCGUAUAACUCCUCCAGUCUUCGCUUUACCAAGUACAUAAUGAGGAAAUCAGAGAUUGGUUCCUCAAUAGACUGGGUAUUUCCUACUUUGAGGAGACCAGUGUUCUUUUGGAAUAUCGCCAGCUCAAUCACAGUUGCAGCAGUGGGCAUCUUUGCCAAAAUAUUCAUCCGAUGGUUCAAUAAACCCAAGAUUCACAAUGUGCACUACCUUCAUAGGGCUUUGCAGAGGCCAUCACACAUUCCUCUUCUGACAGUUUCGAACCAUCAUUCCUGUUUUGAUGAUCCUGGUCUGUGGGCAAGUCUUGAUUGGUCAACAUUCUGCUCCAGAAGAAAAAUGAGGUGGACUUUGGCUGCUCAUGAUAUUUGCUUCACCAAAACUUUUCACUCCUACUUUUUUAUGCUCGGCAAAUGUAUUCCUAUCAUAAGAGGUCGAGGAGUUUAUCAAGAAGCCGUCAAUUUUGUGAUCCAAGACAUCAUGCCCCAAGGAGAGUGGCUGCACAUAUUCCCAGAAGGGAAAGUCAACAUGACAAAAGAAGAACUCCGUUUCAAGUGGGGAAUCGGUCGAAUUGUUUAUGAAUCCCCCGUCAUCCCAAUCAUCGUCCCCAUGUGGCAUAUCGGCAUGGACCAGAUUCUCCACAAUGAACCGCCAUACUAUCUGCGCACCAACAAGAAGGUAACGUUCAACUUCGGAAAUCCGAUUGACUUGCGCCAGGCUGUGGCCAAAUUGCGGGAAGCCAAUGUCAAACCGAAAGAAGCACGCAAGAAAAUCACUGAUCUAAUUCAAAAAGAGCUCUAUGCAUUGAAAACUGAAACGGAGGAACUUCAUGCCAAGUUUACCUCAUCGUGACCCGGAGUCUGUUAUUUCUUGGGUCCAAGUUGUCAGCAUGAAAUAACCAGAAAGCAGGAUCGUAAGGAGAUCUAUUUGAAAAGACUGGAUUUUUUUGUUUUCUAAAGUUAACAAGCAUGAAUUAUUUUGUGUACGGUUCUGAGAGUGAUUAGUUCUUGUUUAUUUGAUGUCUCUGCUAACUGGAAUUCAUGCGUUGGGUCAAUCUAGAUGUUGGAAAAUUUCCUACACAUCUUGGGUCGUGGUGAUUGGUUCAAAGAAGUGCGAAGUUUGUCAAAAUGCUCGAAAAUUUUUGUCUCUACAGACUCAGUCGCGUCCUAUCUGUAAUCCUCUUCUUUGCAGAUUCUUCAUACUCAAGUUACAUGUUAUGUUUUCACAAGCUUAAAAUGACAAUGUGCUUGCCCUUAGAAAAUUUCUGAAUGUAUCAAAAGUUUCCUAAGUCAAUUUUGAUUUGAAAAGACAAGUAUUGGCCGUACAAGCAUUUCAACUCCUUGUAAUAAUAUUCUAGGUAAUUUUUCAUUGUGUACUUGUGUUUUUAAUAAUUCAUUGAAAGGAGAGAACCAAUUCUAAAAGUGACACAAUGUCAAAACAGUGAAUAAUGGGCAACAAGGGUAAUGUUUGAAAAAAUAAAUGAACGAUCAAAAGCAAAAAAUAUUUUGGUAUACUAACAGUCCAGGGAAGAAGUUAUGCAAGUGUAUAGUCAACAGGGAAAUGUGAUCGUAUAUAUGCUCCGCCAAAAAUCUAGAAGUAUUAGAAUAAAAAAAAAAAAAAAAAAAAAAAAAUUGAAAAAAUCAUUACUAGUUGCCAAAUACAUAGGUAACAUUAUUUUUUUGUAGCAGUUUGAAAUUGAGUGACCUUAGUGUCUAUACAAUCAAUGUUUCCAUUUGGAGGUGGUAAAACGUUUUUAGUUCCUCAGUCUUUUGUUGAGAUAAGAAAAAAACUGGACUUCAGGUCCCUAUCAGUCCAGACUAUGUAUGUUUCUUUUAAUCAAAAUUAUUUAGGAUUUUGUUGAUUCUCUUAAAUAUUGUAAAGCAUUUUGAUGACUUAAGUACAAAAAUAUUUACACUAGAGCUUUCCACAGUUUUAAUAAUCUAAUCUGUUUUGCCGCAUGAAACUUCAACUGUGGCAAACCGUUACCAGCCUCUUUGAUCUUUGGAAUGUACUUUUUAUGGUUUUAAUCAAACUUCUUUCUUGGUUGGAAAUAUCUGAAAUGAGUUUAGAAUUUAGUAAAAUUUGCGUCAGAUAAGUUAGCAGUUGUUUACUUUCCGUUUCCGUUCUCCAAUAACCAUCAAGGAUUAACUGUGGGCAAAGCCUUGCACAGAAAUGUAAACCAGUCAAUUGCAUCCAACUGUCAAAAGUAAACAGCUGCCAACUUAUCUGAUGCAAAUUCUAAGGACAUGAACAAGAGAAGAAAACAUAUUUUUCUCUUAUAAGCAAACAGCAAAAGGGGGUUUCACCACUUUUGUUUUCCUGUGACUAAAAACCGUAAUUCAGUUGUUAAUAUUGAGAUGUUCUUAGUUAAUGGUGGGCAAAGCAGUUUUUAUCUACUGGUUUUUGAACUUAAGCCAUUAUUUAUUUUUUCCUCCUUUUAUUUCUUUCAGUUAAGUUUUAAAUGUACAUAGAUAGAUAGUGUAAUCUGGACUAGUGUUUAUAGUCUCAGAAUUGGAUCAUUGACUAUUUAAUCAAUGUAAUUUUUAGUUAAAAUGAGUGGGAUAAUGUGAAGGCGUACUGGUUGCCUCUAUAUCAGAAUGGUCAAUCAUAGGUUUCAGGGUUGAAGCUCAGAAUUUUGAAGGUCCGCUUAGUGGUGUAAUUUUUUUUUUAAAUGAUGCAUUUUUUUCCAUUUCAAACUCUGUACAAGUGUAAUACUACUGGAGUUAUUUAUUGUUAAAAAGAAGAUGGAUCUUGAGGCUAUCAAAGUUCAGAUUUGUGGCCUUUGAGAUGAAAGAGCCUUGACAGAUGUAUGAUGUUAGAUUAAAUAGAUUAGAUUGAUUGUGGUCUCUUUCAUCUUGUAGGCAAUGGUCAAAAUAGUUAGCAUUCAACCUGUCUAGCAGAUACUUUUUUAGUUUAUGUUUUAUACCUUAUUUUAAAUGGUCUCCAAUUGAAUUAGUAAGUAAGGGAAGAGAACACAAUUAAGUUCAUAUAUCAAAAAUGAAAAGAUGUUACCCAUUAAAAACUUUAUCUUUAAGAUUUGCAUCAAAGAUUUGAGAGAAAACUUAUUUUAAUAAUUGAACUGAUAUUUUUCUUGAGGGCUAAAGCGGCAAAAUCCAGUUUUCGAGAAUAAUGGGGAAAAUUUUGCAAUUUUCUGUGCUUUCAAUCUUUUGUGAGAACACAUAUUGAAACUGGACUUAAAAGGUUGAAUGCACGCUGAAUUUCAUAAUUUUUUCCGUUUAAGUAUCUCCGACUUGGAUUUUGGUGCUCGGGUCCUCCAGAAAAAUAUAGGUUCAAUUGUCAGUAAAGCCAAGCUUUAACUUCUAGAAAACUAAAAAAAAAUGUUCACUCAAACUGAAUGCAAAUCCUUAACUGAAGGGAAUGAUGAGAAUAUUUUUCUAGCAAAAAAAGUAAUGAGAAUGGUUUACUCCUUUUGUCUCCGUCCACCAAUUUUUUUAAGCUCAGACAAGUUUCUGUUUCACAGUGUUUUGAUACCUGCCCGAAGCAUUAAGUCAAAAGUCACUCAAUAUAGAAGCAUUUUUACAGAGUAAUAUUUUACUCAAAUAUUAUCGUCAUUUAAUUAUUGUCUUGGACUGAAAGUGCACCUCACUGCCCCACAAAAUUCAUACCUAUUUUGGUUUAUCUUUUAUACCAACACUGUAGAAUUCAUAGCUGGAGCAUAAGCAUUUUAGUGCGUCUACUUUCUCUAAGAAUUAUUCUUUAGGGGAAGACGUCAGAACGUAUAAUUAUCGUGGAUUGUAUCUUUUCUGUAGCUUUAACCAAAUAUUAAUGACCUACCAAUUCAUUCCUCGAAACUGAGCUUUACUAUUUCACUUUGAACUUUUUAUGAAAAUUAAGGAAUUUUACAAUAUUUAUAACGAUUGAUCUAGUCUGUGAGACAUUAAAUCAUUCAUUUAUUGACUUGCACACCCUUCUUCGUCAAAAGUGCGUGCAGAUUUCUGUGUAAAAUCACAACAUUGGAACUCAGAUUAUCUGUGAAUUCUAGAAUUUUUUUGGGGAAGGAGGGGGAAGGGUCGUAGAGCAGAUCAACUUCUAAUCUCUUCCUCCACUCUUUCUAAAUGAAUGUCUUUUUUCCUGUUUUCCAUUCAUUUAUCUGCAGAAAUGAGAGGAAGCUCAGGGGGAUGGCGCCCCUAGACCACCUUCAAGCCAAUUCAAGAAAGCUUGAGCUUUUUUAUUAGUCAAAUAGCAUUUUGCCAUCAAUAUACACCAUGUCUAUCGUGAGAUAGUUUUACUCUCCGUUCUCAAUAGUUAAAUGCAAAAAGUACGAUCCUCGCGUUAUGAUUAUGUUGCUUUUCUUGGAGGAAAAAUAAUCAAAUUGUCUCUAUGGAAUAUUGUGAAAUUUUCUCAGAAUGAAUAAAGAACUAUUGGUUACUUUUCUGUUUUAAAAUAGUUGAACAUGAGUCGAGAUUUACAAGGUUGCAAUCUGAGGUGUGCAUUUUUUACUUCAGCCAUCAAAAUGAGACUUAAGAUUUUUGCAUCUCUUUACCCCCAUAUUUUCAUCAGGGAUCAUUGAGCUUUCAUAACUUGUUUAAACUUUUAUUGCGUCUGAAGCUAGCUAUUAAGUGCUGUCUCAAUACCCUCUGUCCAGGAAAACUGGAGUUUUAUGUACCUCUUUGAGCAUGCUCUCCAUGCUGGUCCAAAUAACUAUCAAAAUCUUUUGUUAAUUUACAUUUUAUGAAAAGAAAGCAGACAGCAUUGAGCGAAGUUGAGACACUUUCUAUUGCCAACGUUGACCUUUCAUAUAGGCAAAUACUCGUAAUUAAAUUUUCGUCACUGAGUUUUCUUUCACUCAGCUCAGUUCCCUGAGGCUCCGGGAGAUUUUUUUCUGCAACUAUAUUUUCUAGUAUGUUUUCUGAGGAAAAUGCACUAUUUUUUAUGAUUUUUUUUUUCGAAGUGUUUUUACCUGAAUACUGUGAGGUGCUGUCAGCACUGAUUCAUUAUAAUGGAUCAUUUCUUUGUCUUUGUAUAUUUUUUAGUGCGUUUUCCGAAGAAAAUGCACUAUUUUUUAUGAUCUUUUUCUCAAAGUGUUUUUACUUGAAUACUUUGAGGUGCUAUCAGCACCGUUUCAUCAUAAUGGGUCAUUUUUUUGUCUAUGAGAUCCACUUAACAAGUGCCUUCAUUUCAUCGUUCAAAUAUGCAACCCGAGCUGAAUAAAUACACUUUUAAAAACUUAGUGUAGGAAAUUAUCAGGUUAUAAUCCCUCCUUGAGUUACUACUUUGUUGUAUGUAUUGAGAAGCUUUGAGUGGUUUUGUCCAAGACUCUUUCUUGAAAGGGGCCUUAAUUCUGAGGAUAUUACCAUGAAGUACCUAUAUGGGUAUUUUUCACAUAGUAAAUUUUUUGAAUUGCUUCAUUUAUCUCUGCCGAGCCCCAGUCCUGAAUGUCGAUGAAUCUCAAAUGAAAUUCAAGUUCAAUGGCUCUUGCUAUUGACGGAUUUCCGUCUCGUUCAAGAAAAACUUGUGAAAGCAGUGAUCCUCGUUUUUGUCAACUCCGAAACACUCAUCUCUUUUGUAAAUUUCUUAUCGUUAUACUGUUAGAUUCCUAUUAAAAUUAUUUUAAAAAAAUAUA